AUGGGGUUGGCAGGCACUAAGGUUAAGCAAAGAUUCGGACUAGAUCCUAGAAACACUACUUGGUCCAAUAACACCGACCGUUUUGGACACCAAUACCUCCAGAAAAUGGGCUGGAACCCUGGAGAAGGGUUGGGUCUUGUGGAGCAUGCAACAACAACUCACGUGAAGGUUUCCAUAAAGAUGGAUAAUGCUGGUUUAGGGGCCAAAUUGGCCAAGAAAACCAAGAAGGACGAGUUUGACAGUGGUGAGUGUGCUGGACUUGAUGUUUUCCAAAGAAUCUUAGGAAGACUUAAUGGAAAGGAGGAGCAGAUCUCCAAUGAGUUGGAAAGACAAAGACUUGACAAGAUCAUCAAUGGCAAGUGGGGUAUGCAUUUCGUCAAGGGUGAGACUUUGAAGUCCACUUGGGAUUCGGAGUGCAAGACCUUAAUGAAAGAGGAGAGGAAGAGACGACUUUCUGAAGUUGAGGGAGAUGUAGUGUCGAGAAAGAAAUUGAGAAAGGAGAAGUCUGAGAAGUCCGAGAAGAAGGAAAAGAAGGAAAAGAAGGAAAAGAAGGAAAAGAAGGAAAAGAAGGAAAAGAAGGAAAAGAAGGAAAAGAAGGAAAAGAAGGAAAAGAAGGAAAAGAAGGACAAGAAGGACAAGAAGGACAAAAAGGAGAAGUCUGAAAAGAAGGAGAAGGUCAAGAAAGACAAGAAGGAGAAGAAGGAAAAGAUAGACAAAAAAGAAAAAAAGGACAAGAAAGAUAAAGUCCCUAAGAAUGAAGUGACCCGAGAAAGCAUGCUCAAGCCAAAAGAAAAGGCACCAGAGAAAAUAGCGACCAGAUUGUCGGCCAGAGCAAAAUGGAUCAGACAGAAACGUGCCUCUGUCAUGGAUGCGAAGGCCCUCAACGAGAUCUUCAUGAUUACGAACUAA